GAAAGCACCGAGCGUCAGUAAUAAUAAUAAUUGCCAAUCCUUCAAUCAUCAGACUCUUAAAUUUUAACUUACUCAUUGUUUCCCAUUAACACUCUCUAAUCUCCAAUUUCAAAAGCUCUGUUUACUCUGUUCUUCAUAUACUAUCUUCUUUCCUUUUCUUGAGAAUCCAUCCAAGUAGAUUGGAAAAUCCAUGACCCCUUUGCUCCGGAAAGCACCGAGCGUUAGUAAUUAGGUAUUAAGUUUACUCAAAUGAUGAUUUUGAGUAGACUUGGUUGUAUCUUGUUGUUGUGUUGUUUCUUGCUUCGUUUGAUUUGUGGGAUUCCGUUCUUGAGUGAUGUAAGUUCCAUUGUGUGUGCUCGGGGUAGAAGUUUUGUAUACAUUGCUAGAACAGAACUUCCAGGCUAAGGUCUGUAAAGACGCCGAUCUACAGCCAACAAUUUCCAUAGAUCUAUUGAAUCCGGUGAAAUCAACAAAUUGAGGUCAAGCUGCGAAAGAAUUAACAUCUUGGUGAAACCCUUAAAGAAUAUCAUCUUGGUGGAAGCAGUUGUUAUAGGAUCUUCAAGGGCUGAAUCUGUGUGGUAAAAGUAGGGGCCUUGAUAGAAAGAGGAAGCAGGUUUGUGAGUGAUACAAUUAUGGCCUUGGUAGAAGCAGUUAAAGUAGAGCCUCCAGCGGUUCAAGAAAAGGAUGAGGAAGUUGAAUUUGUAUGGGGUAAAAAGAGAGGUACUGGUGGUAAGAAGAAGGAGGUGCAGUUUUAUGAAUCUUUUACCUAUGAUGGUGUGGAAUAUUCUCUAUAUGACUGUGUAUACAUGCACAAGGAAGGUGAACUUCCUUACAUUGGUAUGAUCAUAAAGAUAUGGGAAAAUCCAGACAAGUCUAGGAAGAUAAAGAUUCAUUGGUUUUUCCGGCCAUCAGAAAUAUUGUAUCACCUGAAAGAUGUAAAGGUAGCAGAGAAUGAAGUAUUUCUUGCCUCUGGUGAAGGCACUGGUUUGGCUAAUGUUAAUCAUUUGGAAGCUAUUGCUGGCAAAUGCAAUGUUGUCUGCAUUUCAGAGGACAACAGAAAUCUGCAACCAUCAGAUGAAGAAGUUAAAAUGGCUGACUAUGUUUUCUACCGUGCUUUUGAUGUGGGAAAUUGUACAAUUGUGGAUAAGAUGGAUGACAAAGUUGGUGGGCUGGAUGUCAAGUGUGUUUUUAACAGGAAAGAGAGUCAAAAGGCCAGUCAUGUCCUCAAACUUGCUUCUGACUCGAAAGAUGUCGAAACUGCCGUGGACUGUCGAGCUAAUGGGGAGUCCUUUGGGCUAAAGCCACAGAAUUAUCUUGCAACUGCCAAAGCGAGUCAUUUAAUUGGAAAAAGUGAUGUAGAUGCACCAAGUUCUUUGGUUAGACAGGAUGCCUUACGGAGAGAUACAAAUGUUUUACGUGUUAAUCAGGAAACAGCUAAGAAAGAGAAUUCUGUCCCUGGUGAGAAAAAUUCACAUGAUUUGGGAAUUGCCAAAGCUGCUGGAAAAUCAAGUCAUUCAGUGGGAAAAAGUGAUGCAGAUGCGAAAAGUUCACCAUUUAGAGAGGAUGCCUUACCUGGAGAUGCAAAUGAUUCUCACAUUGAGCAGCAAUCAACAAUGAAAGGAAAUGCCGCACCGGUGCCGUUUGUUAACAGCAAAACAGCCACUACCAAGCAAAAUACUUUAAGUGAAGAAAAUGCACACGGCAUAGUUAAGAAUGACAAGAAUGAUAAAAAAGUUAAUAAGCCUCCAGUACAACUCGUAGAAGCUGGUGAAAGUGGAAAACCUUCGAAGGAUCUUGGCAUUUUGGACGAUAGGCCUUCAAAACGAAUAAAAGUAAAUGGUUCCGUGACACUAUUAGAGGACAAAGGUGGGAACAGUGUACAAAAAACCACUGUUUGCAGAAAUGACAAAAAGGUUACGGGAACAAGUGCUGGUCCUUCUGAAGAUAGAAAGAAAUCUGGAGAUAGCAUGAAGAUCAGAAAAGAUAGUGCUGCCUUGGAUAUCAGACCUCCGAAGAAAGCAAACAUUGACAUUCUUAAAGUAAAAGUGGAUAGAGAUAAAAGUAACAUGUCAAUAGGUAAACCUGUUGAUAAUAUAGGCAAGUUGCCUAAAUUAUCUGUUGGAACAUCCCCAAAGGAAGUUGAGAAAACGGAAGGCAAGAGAUUUGAAGUCACUCGGAGACCCCUUGCAGAGUCAAGCAAGUGGUUUAAAUCACCUCCAUGGGAGGAGGUGAUGCAAACGUCAAAUGAGCAAGGGACACUUAUCUUACUAGAAAAUUUGAAUCCCGACUAUACAUCAGGAGAGGUGGAGGAUAUUAUCUGGCAUGCAUGUAGGGAAAACUGCACAGCCAAAAUGGUUCAGCGCACUGCUUUCUCUAGCCCAUACUCUGGUAGAGCGUUGGUUGCCUUCAAAACAAGAGAAGCAGCAGAAAGGGUCAGUAAAAAGUUGGCUGAUGGAUGCUUAAUGGUGUCAAAUCAGAGGCCGCUCGUUGCUAGCUUUGUAACUCUUCCGAAAAUGGAAGGAAACACUCCAUCAUUUGCUGGACAUCUAUUUGUUGAUAAACUAAGACUACAAUUGCAGAGGGAAAUGAAAGGAGCAGUUUCUACUUCUCAUUGUUCUCAGCCCAAUACCAUAGAGCAUGAAAUGGGCAACGAGUGGCGCUUACUGCAAGCAAGAUCUGACAGCUGGUGGAAUCGGCUAUAUAAGCAACAAAAAGAGGAAAUAAGAAAAACCGCGUCAGAACUCAAGAGAAAGUGAGAAGCUACAGCUUUGUACAUAGUGUACUUGUGGUUUGGAUAGGCAACUACUAGAUACUCAGUCCUCCAGGAAUCUUGGCAAUUUUUGAUGACUACUAGACACUCCUUCCUCCAAGAAUCUUGGCAAUUUUUGGCUGUACAUAUAUGAAAUAGACAUGCAUUUCUGUGUUUUUGCCUUUUCUAGUCAUAUUCUCUACUUGUUAAAGUUGUAAGGGCUGAACCCCUUCGUGUACCCUACUCCCUAACCUUCCUGGAUAUCCCGACCUCAUGGUUGGGGCAAUUGAUUAAUGUUAAGAGUCGCAAAGUUUACCUUGCAGCAACAUGCAUAUUUCUAUCAGAAAUUUUGCUCCAUGAAUUGCUUUGGCAUUAA